AUGGUCAAAUGGGUCCACAAAAACAGGAACAACACGAUCGCCUACUACCUGCAAUCGCAAUCAUGGACACAUUCAGUUGCUCGACAACAGGACAACAAAACCGCUUACUCAGCUUUUGAGUUCACAAAUAUUAAAUGCAUUUCCCAUGACGAAACAUUUGCUACAUUCGAGUACUAUUUUCUGAAGGCCAUUAAUCGAACGUAUAAGUACUUCUCCUUUAAAGUAAAAUUACAUCAGUUGCCAGUUAGAAAAGUUAAAGUUAAUUUCGCACUAUACCAACGGCUAAAUGGAUACAAACCAUUCCUAUACAAUGUUACGAUCGAUGGAUGCAAAUACAUGGCAAACCGGAAAACAAAUCCAGUGGUCACAUUCUUUUAUAGCCUUUUUGGUCCCUAUUCCAACAUUAAUCAUUCGUGUCCCUAUAACCACGACUUAAUUGUGGAAAAAGUUCCUUGUUCCUAUAUUGAAGCUCAAUUCACGAAUACAUUGCCAUUUCCAAAAUCUUCGUACGCAUUUUUUAGUGACUGGUACGCCGAGGGAAUAAAGCGAGCAAGAGUUGAAGUUUAUGGUAAAUUAUCAUAA